AAUUGCCGUCUAGUAAAGUUGAAGCCUUUGAGCUUCGGAGGCCUAAGUCGACCGAUAAUCAUCGUAGAAGUAAGCAAAGAAAUUGCAUCAGAUGAUGUUAAUAUAGGAGAGAUUGUAGAGGAAAUCGAUCAUCCCUGUAAUGUAAAAGAGGGAAAUUUAAUGGAGAUCACCUUGAAAACAAUUGGCCCUGCUCACCCAUCUCGAAGAGUGGAGAGGGCAUGCUGAGGGAGUGCGAGACCGGCCUCCGUGGUUCUUUCUCCAAUCAAAGGAUUAGGUUCUUGAUUUGAGAAGGCUGAUUUUGGAGAGAAAGGCUAACCAGAUGAUAAUUUGAAGCUUAUUUUGCAAGGGAUUGUAUUGCUUGAAAAUGAGAAUGAUGAUGAUAUGUGCAUUAGGCUCAAUGAUGGCAGUGUGAAUCUUGCCUAAAUAUAAAUUAGCGUUUUAUAGUUGUGAGAAAUAUUGAAUGUUUCUAUGUGGAUCUUACUUCUAUUUUCCCAUCUCACCUCACUUUCAUAAUAUUAGCUUGGUGUCCUGGCAAUGUGCAUUUUCAUCAUUUUCUAGAUUUGCUGAUUGUUGGUGCAAAACCAAAGCCACCACCUGUUGAUUUCAUGUUGAUGAUGAUGAUCUGGUACCACUAAAAUGGCAUUGUCAUUGAAGGGAAUUUUGAUGUCUUAAUGCCAACUUUUUGGUUGUUUAUUUCUUUCUUCCUUAAAUGCUGGAAAUCCAGAGGCUUUCAGCUCCCACGGUCCUCAAGUCGAUGGAAAAAGAAGCUUUACUUGGUUUUAUGUAAUAAAUUGAAGCUACCAGGUAAGCCUUAAAGCUGAAUUUAGUUCUUGUUGAGGUUCCAAUUAACAAUCUGCUGGUUGACCCUUGUUAUCUCUUUCUAUAGGUAUCCUGGUUCUUGUUGUGUUAUGGUUUAUGUUGGCACCUAUUGAUCAUAGAUGGGAUCUCAGACCAUUGUUUCUUUUAGUUAUGUGAAAACCAAAUAAAUUGUUUCAGUUAAUAUAAACCCAGAAAUUUCAAAGGGAUUUAGCAAAUCCCUUCUGAAAUCAGUAACGAAGCCCAAAAAUUAUUAACAACACAGAUGAUCUGCAAUAUGUUCACUUGCCUGUUUCAUUCCAUUUAUGUAGAUAUCUUUAAUAAAAAAGAUUAUAUAUAUAUAGCUGUAUUCCUUGCUAUCACUUUUUUUUUUUUAAUUUUUUCUUUUUCAGAUCCUCAGUACUGGCUUUUGCAUCAUUUUCCUGAAUCUUGGACCGUGGCAAACUGGUGACCUGAGUGCAUAUUCUAUCUUCAUUGAAAGCUUCAAAGAGUUCCCAAAGACACUUCCUGCAGAUUGUCUAGAUAGACACAUACGAACAAGUCAGUUCUGGAGCCCGUGAUGCAGCAUUUGUGAUAAUCAAAAUAAUCAUGUUGUAAAGAUUAGUAUCUAGAGAUUGCACAGAAUUUUCAUUGUGAGGCAUAAGCAAGGAAUUUAGUUGACAUAUCCCAAGCUUUCUUACUUUCUUUCUCAUUCCCAAUCUUGAUGGUCAUCAACAAAAGUUCCAUUAUUGA